AUGCGCUUUGUUUUUGUACAUGUAUUUUCCACUAUCUGCUUCAUAUUCUCGGUAUACGCCACAGCAGAGGAUUUUGUUAUGAAAAAUGCUGAGCCACUUGAAGAAACUGCGGCCAUUGAUGAAAAUGUAGCCAUUAAAGGAAAAGACGCCACUAAAGCGCUCACUCAUAUCAAUUCAUUGGAAGACUUUUUGGAUACGUACGACAAGAAAUUGAUUCCUUCUAUGUGCUCGUUUUUUGACUCACAGCCGAUGGAUGCCCGCGCCUCUGAAGCAUGGGAAAACGCAAAGAUGCUGUUUGCACAUUCUUGCGACCUAUCUAACAGAAAAGCUAUACUUGCAACCGCAAAGCAGUUUUUUUUACUGACUAUGUACGCAGCAUCUAGCCAGGAAACACAGCCCCCCGAAAUGCUGAAAAUUCAUAGGCUUUUAAAUAUAUGUGUUGAGAAGAUAAGUGCGCUUGAGAAGAAUGACGAAGUCACAGUGAAUGACAUGGAAAUGUUGUCAAAUGUUAUCUUAAAAUAUGUUGAGGAUAACCCCGAUGUUGCACACAAGCUUGUUGAAAUGGCAAGCUUAUAUUCUGUGGAAUGA